AUGCCUCGAGACUGCAUCCCGACUUUUGCACUGGCAAAUUCGCGUGUAAGGGAACAGGCCGACGAGGUCGAGGAGAUCCAGCUCAGGCCAGGCCGAACGGUGAAUUCGUCCAUUGCGUGCAUUGGGAGGGUCCGUGAGCUUUUUCACGGCGCUGUGGAUGUCGGCAUUCGUUUCGAGUAUGUCUUCGAUCCAGGCUCGGAGACUGCGGAUUUCGUCCCUGCGAAGGACAUUGUGAAUGCGUCGGAGUGGCAGGCGGCCGUGGUGUUCUACGAAUUCGUUGUACUGGUCGAUGAGAUCCUGGAGAAGGUCCUGUCCUGCAGAUGCGGCGAAGUGAAAGAUGGAGGUCGUCGGCGACGUGGUCGUAAGGAACAGAGGGUCGCUCGGUGA